UGUUCAAAGUCAGGUUUAUAUGUUGCACAGACUUAUUUAUACACUAUUUUUGGGUUAGUAGGCUAGUCCAUACAGACAACUGGAAAAAAUCCCAUGCAGGCACAGAGGACACACUUCUCUCCGUCACGUGUAGCAGCUCUUUGUAAAGGUUAACGCGGCUGUGCAGCCCUCAGGGUUAACCCUUUAGUAGGCUCUAGCAGUCUGAAGGAGCACAACACAAUCCAGAGCACACCGACACGCAGGAUCCUCCGUCCUCCUGGAUACAUGUGGACAUUCCACUUUUGUCUUUCUAUUGCUGGGGAGCAGACAUGAAGAAUGGUGAAGUUUACGGGCUCUGAGGGGUGCAACCGCUGCCAGCCUUUCAUCUUGCAGCCAACUGAAGAGAGACAGACAGAGCGAGAGCGAAGCUCCCCAAGAGACUGACACGCUGAGGUAGACGGGCCGACCUACAUCCUGGAGAUCUAGGACACUUCUCUGCCAGCUUAGCUUUUACAAACAGCGGAAAAGCAGGAAAAAAAGGCAUUUGUGCUUUUUUAAAAUACUUAUCGGAUCCAUUCUCGACACUGAACCAAAACCCCUUCAAGUGGAUAAAUGAGGGUUGCUAAUGCUGAGCUACAGCUGUUCUUUAUCUUUUUGGCUAAUUUGGACACUUGAGUCCCCUCCUGUUGUAACGACACUGAAGCGGCAAUAAACAGACCAAGAACUUUGCAAGAAAACCUUCAAAGGUGUUUUUGCCACCACCCCCUCCUCCCCUUGACCUCUGACCUGGUUCUUUCCCCAAGAAACAUUUCAAACUGGCUGUCACCAGACAAAAAUGGAAAAUCUGACCUCAGCUCUCAAAAACUCAGGGAAUAACCACAACUGCGUUGAGACCUUCAGCAGUUACGAAGAGUCUUUAACUUCCGCUGAAGGGAGUCCAGCUCGCUUAGGCCGCCUCAUCAAGCCCAAACCCAACAUGUCCUGCAGGCGAAAACGUGAGUUCAUUUCGGAUGAGAAGAAAGAUGCGUGCUAUUGGGAGAAACGCCGCAAAAACAACGAGGCAGCCAAGCGCUCCCGGGAGAAGCGACGUCUCAAUGAUAUGGUUUUGGAGAACCGUGUCAUUGCACUGAAUGAUGAAAAUGUGAGGCUCAAGACAGAGCUGCUCCAGCUGAAGCUGCGCUUUGGCCUUAUAAACACUGCCUCCUACAUUGAAAAGAGCCAGCAGAUUGGUGGAAGCAACACAGGAAAUGGAGGCUCCUCUUCAUCCUCCUCCUCCUCUUCUAACCAGUACUACUCCAGUGGUUACUCUAGCGGUUCUCAGGUGAUGAUGAACUCUGAUUCCUCAGAAACGGAGCAGUCUGGGCACAACGACGGCCACAGGCAGCUGGUGAAAUACUCCCCACGUGGCUCCCUCUCUGACAUGUCCGACGGCUCCUCCAGGGACAGCCCUGACCCCAUCCCUUUUGAGAUCAAACAGGAAGGUGACAGGCUAGAGAUGGACAUUGCCAAUGGCACCACCACCCAGAUCAUGUUUAACAUCCACCGUGGCCUGGCCUCUGUGCCCACUCACCAUCAGAUUCAGCAGCAUUCGCAGGAACUGGAGGUUGCAUAUCACAGCCAACAGCAGCACCACCUCCAUCAACAACAACAACAAACCCAUCAGGAGUCUGUUCCUGCUAUCAACACUGUCAGCCAGCCUGCCCCCCACCCACCUGCAGCCCAGAGGAGUGUCAUCCUGUACGGCUCCAGCAGUGCCUCUUAUCCUGUGGACACACUGACAAGGCACCGGGACAUGGAUCUGCAGGCAGCCCAGAAGCAGAGCAGCGGCCAGCCGUGCACCAGCCGUGUUACAGAAAGCUCCUCAGAGACACUGGCUGAGGUGACAACGCAGCUGGAGAGGAAGACGUUAGAAGACUCCCCUCCGUAUGAGCUCUCAGACAGCUGUAAUGAGCCUGGAGAGAGGCAGGUGUACAGAGUUUGCCAACUUCCCCAGCAGCACCAGCAGGAGAGAGACUCAUCUGCAGAUCUCCACCUCAAACAAGUGGAGGGGGUCAACCACUCGCACCUGUACCACCACCUCCAGCAGCCUCAUCAUUCAUACCUCAGUGCCCAAGACGAGGAGCCACCUGUACUCACCUACGAGGGCGAACACAGGAGCGAGGCUUACUACCGAGGCCAGUCAAGCUCCUCUAGCAAGGACACGUCAUCCAGUGAUGGAGACCCCCGCAGCUCUGACAAAGAGGCCUCAACGGAUGAUGACGAGUCCCCUUCCUCGUCUUGCUCAGACAUGGGCAGCUACCACAACCAACAUCUUACCAGCCUCCACCAUCCUGCCUCGCCUCUUCCCUCCUCCCAGGGCUGCUCUCAGGCCCAGGGCCGGGACCCCCACGGGGAGGUGAAGGGCACAGCGUUGCCCCACAAACUCAGGCUCAAACACCGGGCCAUGAGCACCGGGAGCAGCGGCGGCAACUGCUCCGGCCAGGAAUCCCCAACAUCGCCUCCCUCUGCCACGCCACCUCCACUGCCCCAGCAUCCCUACUUGUCCCUCAUGCCACAGCAGAACAUUAUGCGAGAAGGACUUGGUAAAGAGGCGGCCUCAGUGGAGGGGGGCAGGAAGGAGAGCGGGAAAAAGGAGACAGGUGGACGACGCAACAAGAGGCGUGAUUAGGUGACGUUCGCUUUUAGAACUUGUCACGAAAGACUCAAUCUCUCCUCUACGAACUACCCUGCCAUCAUGCCUUUGCCCUAUAAUCAAAUCCCCUCCGCAAGCCCUUGGGACAGGAAGCUGGGUUUUCCAAUCCCUUUUCCCCGAUGUCACCAAUAAGGCUGGACAUUUUGUAGGGCUGUAUUAUAUUUGUAUAUAUUGUACAGAUUUUUCAUUUCUUACAUCCUACUUACAGAAGCACUUUUGUUUAUGUGAUGAGAGGAGGAAUGGAACUACCUGCUUUUCUACUUCUGUCAUCCAACAAUAUACCGCUGAGCACAUCAACAUUUAGAUCGCUUACAAACAAGAAUGUAGGAAAAAGACAAGUUUUGAGCUUUAUCAGUACUAUAAAUUUGGUACAUAUCUGACUGUAGACAAACAUACACAUGUAUGGCUAUCUGCCUUAAUUAAAAUCUAAUGCAAACGUACACUGGGGACAUUCCCUCGACCAAAGAAGCACCAACACCACCAACACUACAAAUAUCAAGUUCCAUACCUCUUCCCAGACCCUACCUCUACCAACCCAUCCUCUCCCCAACCAUCUCCAUUAUUUCACAAAAGAUUGCCAUCACCUUUAUUUUUUAAGCACUUGGUUUGUAUAUUACUGUGAUAUAUGAAUAUAUGUAUCUAUUAUAAAUAUAUAUUUUACAAAGAAAUUUGAAUACAAAUUCAACAAAAAUGCGACAAACCUGCAAUGGUAAAAGAGGGUUUUUGAAAGUGACCAUCCUAUUAUGAAUCACAAUUACUGUACAGCCACAUUGUCCGCUGUUGCGACAGGACUCAUUCAAAUUAAAACACCUCUCUCUUGAUUGUUAAGCUUUAGCAUUAAUCAUUUGUUAAUGCCCUGUUUACACAGAAAUGGCCGUCCAGUUUGGAGCGCCAACAGCACUGAAUGGAGAACAUGUUGUUUCCUGAGGCGAGGGCCUCAUUAAAAUUUUUGGAUUUUUUAACCUUUAACCAGCCUUUAAAUAUUCGGUGGAAUUCACCAGCUGCAGGCUAUAAGCCUUUAGUUUAUUUGAGCUUUAUCAACCAUAUCUUGUUGUUGUUACCAUUCACUGGCCCAAUGUAUUUAUUUCCCUCUUCUCCACAUGCCCAUCACUGUAGAAAAGCCCACAGGGACAUAGACCGAGAAUGUGUACAGACCUUUUCAGAUACAUACUGCAGCCUUGAGUUUAAACUGUAAAGGAGGUAUGGGAUGCUUGGGGGCAAAGUCACAUUCAUGUAAACACACUACAAUGCACUGACUUCUGAGCGGGUUGCUCUUGUGUAAAAACCUAAGAAGAGUUACUUUCUAUGAAUUGACAUUAAAUGAGGUUUUGUAGUGUGACCAAGCACUUGAGGUCCAUAUUGGCUCCCAGAUAAUUGACUUAUUGUGAAAUAAGUAAGCAAAACCAAAAUUCUCUAACCUUCCAAUUGGUGCCAAUGUUAAAUUAGCUGCAACCAGCAACAAUCUGAGCCUAAAUUAAACAAGUAUAUGACCUCCCUUGAUUCCCAUGUGCCUCCAUUAUUCAUUUUAGGGGUUAUUCUUCCCCUUCUCAUUGUAGUUCUGCUACUGGGCAGUGAUGGAUUGCCUGCACUGGAUCCUAGUUUAGCAAAAGUCUAUGUACCAUGUUUGGCUUUUUGGUGCCUGUGUAUAAAUGUAAAGUUCCCCCCACCUGAACAACACUGUAAUGUUUAUUUCAUUGGUUUUAUAUCCUCUUUUUUGUCAAAGUGUUGUUCCGUUUUCUCUAUACUGUGUCUUUUCUCCUAUUGACUGUGAUGACAUGUAUUUGCCUCAUUCCUCCUCCCCCUUUUUUCAGUGUGUAUUAAUCAGUAAUGUUUGUGGUUUUGCUGAUGGUUUUAUGAAAAAGACAAGAAAAAAAGAAACUGGCAAAGAUAGUGUGGUGUUUAGAGAUGGGUGGUGGUUGGUCUGGUUGGUCAUUACCAUCGCUUCCUUUUGACAUGAAUAUGUAUGUAAAGACACUAAUGUCCAUUGUGGAUGAUGGGAGCAUUUCAGGAUCGAAAAAUAAAAUAAAAAGAAUGUUGACCCUAUCAACAUAUCAUGAAAACUG